CUUGCGCGCAUCAUCAUCAUGGACGUGUCCGCGGCUUCUGUGGACCCCUGGACGGAGAUACACAGAGCCGAGUCCGAGAAGAGGCGCGAGCUGGUCCUGCAGGGGCCAAGCGUGGACAGGAGGAUACAGUCAGGGGGUCUGGACCCAACGAUCUACCGGCUGUCCCUUCUGAACUACCUGGAGAUCAGCCAGUGCCCGAGUCUGACGGAGGUGCACGGGGACAUCGGGCGCCUGAGCAACCUCCAGAGCCUGAUCCUGUGCCGCAACAAGCUGGGCUCGCUGCCCCAAGAGCUGGGCGCGCUGAAGGUGCUGCGCGUGCUCGACGUGUCCGCGAACGAGCUACGAUCGCUGCCCGACGAGCUGUCGCAGCUCGGGGAGCUCAACACGCUGAACGCGAGCUGCAAUAGGAUCGAAGCCCUGCCCGGGGGUCUCGGCCGCCUCGCCAAGCUGAGCUCCAUCAACUUCUCGAAGAACGAGGUGCGGCUGCUGCCCGAGGAGCUCUUCUCGCCGGGGCUCGAGCACCUGAGCGCCAUCGUGGCCUCGGAGAACCGCAUCGAGGAGCUGAGCGGGGACGUGCAGCAGCUGCCCGCGCUCAAGACCCUGGACCUCUCCAACAAUAACCUCUCGGACAUCCCGGCUGCCCUGGCUGACUGUUCCAAGCUGAAGGAGAUCAACUUCAAGGGCAACAAGCUGAAGGACAAGCGCCUGGAGAAGAUGGUGAACGGCUGCCAGACCAAGUCUGUGCUGGAGUACCUGCGAGCGGGGGGGAGGGGCAAAGGCAAGGGCAAAGCCCAGGAGCCGGGUGCGAAGGAGGAGAGCGUGAGAGAGAAGAGUAGGAAGAAGAGGGCGGACAGGCAGCAGAAGGAUAAGGAGGACAAGGAAGAUGAUAUGGAGGACGUGAACCAGAUGAUUGUGAAGGUUCUCCACGUGCAAGACAGCGCCUCGGCGUUCACCGUCAAAGUGGUGCCGCAGGUUCGAGACGUCAGGCCCUACAUCGUGUGCUGCAUCAUCAAGGGCAUGAACCUGAAGCCGGGGAAUGCCCUCAAGAGGUUCCUGAUGGCCCAGAUGAAGCUCCAUGAUGAGAUCUGUGAGAAGAGGACGACGGCCACCAUCGCCACCCAUGACCUGCAUCGUCUAAGGGGGCCACUCCUGUAUGACGCCAGACCUCCGAAGAUGUUGAAGAUUGUCCCCCUGGGACGCAAGGAGAUGAGCGCUAUGGAGCUGAUGAGGCAGCUGCAGUUCGAGGCCGCCGAGCAGAGGAAGCAGAAGAAAAGGCAGAACGUGUCGGGUCUCCACAAGUAUUUGCAGCUCCUUGAUGGGAAAGAAAACUACCCUUGUUUGGUUGAUGCAGAGGAUCAUGUCAUCUCCUUUCCACCAAUAACCAACAGUGAAAAGACUAAGAUGAGGAAGACUACAAGCGAACUGCUGUUGGAGGUGACCAGCUCCACUAGUCUACAGAUCUGCAAGGACGUUAUGGAUUCUCUGAUCGUGAAAAUGGCAGAGCUGAACAAAUUCACCUUCGACCACAAGGAGGAAGUCGUGAACGAUGCGGAAUCGGACCUGGCCGAAGAUGAAAAGGUCUCGGACCCGGUCCAGCAGGCCGAUCAAGAACACGGGUCGCCGGAGUUGUUGGUGCAGCAGGUCCGUGUCGUGGACACAGAUGGAAACCUCAGGGUUGUCUAUCCGUCCAGAACAGACCUGAACACUGAUGUGUGCAACCUGAUUGUCAUUCGGUAGCCAGGAGCAAGUCACGUAUUUUAUACUGUAGGUAACAAAAAACUUAUCAGCUUAGAAUAAUAAGGGAAUUAUGAUGUUAGAUUUCGGUAAAAUUUUUGGCUUUACUUCUGCAUUUACUGCCUUUUUCUUCUCACAUGUUGCUUUGUUUACUAAGACAGCUUUAUGACAGAAGCGGAGAUUGUCAAACCCGAUAGAGCAGAAGUUAUUUAUACGGAUUUAAAAAUACUUUAUCACCAUAGAUUUUAACAUUGGUUUUUUUUUUUU